AUGGAAGAAAUAAUAUUUACUACCGGGAAUUCAGGAUCUGUUUCCAGUUUCCAAUCCCGAGAACAGUCUUCUUUAUCCCAAAGUAAUGCUGUUGGUCCCAAUGCCAUGGUUCGUUUGCCAAACGGAUCCUUAUUGGUUGCCCAAUCUAAUAAGGCGUUAAUUAAUGUGUACAAUUUGAAUGGAUCUAAUAUGAAAAGGGAAUCUAUUCAUCAAAGAUUACCAAUUCCUGAAAAAAUCAUUUCAAUGAAUAUUGUCAAACAUUUGAAUGAUAGUACUAUUGAACUACCAUAUUUAUUAUUAUGUGGUACAAAUAGUGGUACUUUAUAUAUCUGGGAAUUAUCUAGUGGCUGUUUAUUACAAGCAAAACAGAUGGCUCAUUACCAAGGUAUUAUAAAAAUUGAUAGUAUGGAUCAUGGUAGAUAUAUCAUCACUGGUGGUAAAGAUGGUAGAAUUAUAAUUUGGGAUACUGUAGAGUUAGUUUCUGGCAAUGAAGAUAUCAAACCAUUGAUCAUUUUACACGAUCAUACAUUACCAAUAACAGAUUUUGUUCUGUCCAAGACAUACGGCGAUUAUUUAUCAUCUUCAGGAAGUAAAUUAAUUACAAGUUCUCAAGAUAGUACUAUUCGUUGUUAUAGUUUAAACAAAACUCAAACAGGCCAAUUAAAAGGUCAAUUGAUUUGUACUUUUUCCAAUACAAAGCCUAUCAAAACUAUGGUAUUAGAUCAUGCUGACAGAUGCUUAUAUUAUGGUACCAACGACGGGGUCUUCUCUUUACCGUUAUUCUAUCGUAUUGACAAACAAACGAUAAUUGAUAUUUUAGGUACGAAUAACACUGGAACUUCCAAGGGUAAGAUUUUUACCUUAAUUAAAGAGUCUAAUGAUACUACGAGAAGUAAAUUGUAUAGUAUGUCCCAAAUAUUGAUAGAGUCUAUUUAUGGUACUGGUAUUGAAUUAAUUGAAUUAUCAAUGGACGGAAGCAUAUUAAUUAUUGGUGGCUCUGAAGGUACCGUAAGUAUCUUGGAGAUUUAUUCCAAACAGAUCAUUAGAAACAUUCAGAGCAUUAUCAAUGUAUCAGAUUCUUCUUCUGACGCUAAUAAUGGCGUCAACAAUUUGAUGGUCCAAGUUGUGGAACCCAAUGCCAUUAAGGUUGGAGAAACUCAUCAUACUAAUACCCAAAGAGAUUGGAAAAUACCUACUUUACAAAGAGCUGUAUAUGAUAGAAAGGGAGCCCAUGAUGUCUGGGUUCAAUUGAACGAUAGACCAAAUCCCGAAGAACAAACUUUUGAAAAAUACAUGGAUGAAAUUGCUGAUCAAAGCAAAGUGUUUACACAACUUGGUAGUGUAAUCAGUGAAGUCAAAGUUACUGGUUCUGAAGACUCUACAGAUACUUCCACCACACCGGUCACUGCCGCAGAAAUUGUCCAGUUGAAGGCAAAUCUCAAAAGCUUAACUGAAGCCUACGGUGAACUAAGAAACAUGCACGAGCAGUUAUUCCAGGAGCACCAAACCCUUCUCGACCAGAAUAACGCCUCUAAAUAG